AUGUGCAAGCACGUGAAGAACGUCCAGACACAGAUUCUGGCCAAGUGCUGUAAGCGAUGGUUUGAUUGUGCAGAGUGCCACCGGGAGCAGUCGGACCAUGAGAUAGAGAAGGACAUCGAGCUCAUCCUGGUCUGCAAAAAGUGUAAGAAGGUCUUUCGCAUAGAUGUGACGAAAUUUGAUCCUCAGGCCGACGGCUUCUGUCCUCGCUGCGACAACCAGUGGUACCUAGAAGCGGACACAGGGGAUUCCGAGGCGAAGAUGACGGUUAAGGUUGAGCUGAUGGACGGCUACGACGAAGCAGAUGCGAUACGCGAUACACGAGAUCCUGCCAAAGAGGCCCGGCGGAGGCGGCUGCUUGAGGAGCGAAUGGCACGAGGUACAGAUAACGUGGACAUCAACUUUGAUGAGCUCAGUGAUCUCUAG